AGAGUCAGCUGACAAGUGUAGUUCCGCUUCUGCGCGGUGGCGGUCAGCUGACAGAUGUUUGCUGUCUCGGAUCGUGCGGCUGUGAAGUAAAAACACCUGCGCGAUCAGAGCCGAUGAGCGCGAUGAGUGCUGGCGCCCCCCGACCACUGCCCUCCUCCGGACAGAAGUCCAUCCAGGACAUCUGCCACCCUCUGUCCGCCGAGGAGAGCGCGCUGAACCCCGGCAGCGCUGCAGACAAGGACCUGAGCCUGCCCAAUGGGACUCCAGUAGACACAUCAAGCCCCGCCUCCUCUUCGUCUCUGCUGAACCGACUACAGCUCGAUGACGAUCUGGACGGAGAAACACGCGAUCUGUUUGUGACUGUAGACGACCCCAAGAAACACGUGUCUACUAUGGAGACCUAUAUCACCUACAGAGUCUGCACAAAGACCACCAGAACAGAGUUUGACCUGCCUGAGUACUCGGUAAGGCGACGCUACCAGGACUUUGACUGGCUGAGGAACAAAUUAGAGGAAAGCCAACCCACCCAUCUUAUUCCACCUUUGCCUGAGAAGUUUGUUAUGAAGGGAGUGGUGGACCGUUUCUCAGAGGAGUUUGUGGAGACCAGAAGAAAGGCUCUAGACAAGUUCCUCAAACGUGUAGCAGACCAUCCUGUGCUUUCUUUUAACGAACACUUCAAUGCAUUUCUCUCAGCAAAGGACUUGAAUAAGCGUCAAGGCCUGGCUCUGCUGACUAAAAUGGGGGAAUCUGUGAAGUAUGUGACGGGCGGUUAUAAACUGAGGGCACGGCCGGUGGAGUUUGCUGCCAUGGGCGACUAUCUGGACAUGUUCACACAGAAACUGGGCACCAUUGACAGGAUAGCACAGAGAAUCAUCAAAGAGCAGUCAGAGUUUCUGAUGGAGCUGAGAGAGUACGGGCCGGUCUACUCCUCGUGGUCAUCUUUUGAGGAGGACCUCCAUGAUCCUCUGGAGGGGGUGUCGGGGUGCGUGUCGAACUGCUCCAGCGCUCUGGAGGAGCUCACGGAGGACAUGAGCGAAGACUUUCUCCCGGUGCUCAGAGAAUACGUCUUGUACAUUGAGUCCAUGAAGAAUGUGCUGAAGAAGAGAGACCAAGUUCAGGCUGAGUAUGAAACAAAGUUGGAGGCAGUCGUGUUCAGGGAGGACAAAAAGACACCGAUGCCCGUUGAUGUGGAGAAGUGCCAGGACCGUGUGGAGUGUUUCAACGCCGACCUGAAGGCCGACUGGGACCGCUGGGAGAACAACAAACGACAGGACUUCAGACAGCUGCUGACGGGCAUGGCUGACAAAAACAUCCAGUACUACGAGAAGUGCCUUGCAGCGUGGGAGUCCCUCAUUCCACUGUUACAAGACAAACAGGAAGCAAAAGGCGAAACGAACUGAGCAUGUUUCAGACGUUCUCCUGGCCACCGGCGAGGUCCAGAGCUCGUGACCCAGGCUGUCCUCGGACCUGUCCGGCACGAGCAGAGUUUUCACGGGACGGGACGCUGCUGGAGCAGACGAGCUCCGAGAAUCCAUUUUGUAAAGUGUCUUUAUUUGUUAAAGCCCAUCCAUCCAACCACUUCUCUCUCUCUCUCUCUCUCUCUCUCUCUCUCUCUGUUUUUUUUUUUUGUGGAAGGAGAAUUUGUAGUUUCCUCUUUUCAAGCUCAGACUGGAACUGCAGAAGAAACUGUAAACGCUUUGGGAAACCGAAAAACGAUCAUGAGGAUGAGAGAGGGAAGGACGUUUUUGGUGACGUCAACAAAUUUGUAGUUUUUAGUGAGUGGCAAACAUCAGCUAUCCUUUUGUAAAUGCUUGUCUUUUGAUGCUGAUCCGUUGAAGGGAACCGAGACGUCAGUGUUUUGCUUUUUGGUUUACGUUCAUGAAGAGUCCCGCGGAAGGUUUGCCAACAUUCCUCUUGCCAAAGAUGUGGAACUGAAGUUUGAUAUUUCCUGGACACUGGCACCACAAAACCCUUGCCUGGAUCGGCUGUUCCCUCGUUCUACUCUAAACUAAGCUGUUGCGUUAAAAUUAAGGAUGUUCUCCCAGCCAUACUUGACCUCAUUAAAUAUUUAUGACGAAAGAUGUGUCAUAAUGAUUUGUACUUGUCUUAAUGGGGCAGGAUCUGUGGUUGGGUCAUCUAGUCUAAUGUGAGGUGAAUGUAAUGAGGGACGUUUCCUGUGAAACUCUGGGAUAAUAAUGGAGAGCGGUUAAUCUCCAAUAAUAUACGUACUUUCUGAAAUUCAAAGCUUUUAGUAAAUGCAUUAUGGCAAAUGUUUUUGGCAGCUGUUGCAUCAGGCAGAACUGCAGUGCAGGAUAGUGAUAUGUUACUGUUUAAAAGUUUGGGGUCGGCGAGUUUAUUUCUAAAAACCUUUUUUUUUUUUUAAAGAAGUCUCACUAAGGCUGCAUUUAUUUGAUCAAAAAUACAGUAAAAACAGUGAAAUAUUAUUGCAAUUUAAAAUAACCGCUUUCUAUGUGAAUAUAUUGCAAUUUUUAAUUUUUUUUUCUGUGAUCAAAGCUGAAUUUUUAGCAUCAUUACUCCAGUCUUCAGUGUUGCAUGAUCCUUCAUAAAUCAUUCUAAUAUGCUGAUUUGCUGCUCAAGAAACAUUUCUGAUUAUUAUCAAUGUUGAAAACCAUUGUGCUGCUGCUUAUUUUUGUGGGAACUGUCAUGCAUUUUAUUUUUCAGCAUUCUUUAAUGAAUAGAAAGUUCAAAAGAACAGCAUUCAUUUGAAAGAGAAAUAUUUUGUGACUUUAUAAAUGUCUUUACUGUCACUUUUGAUCGAUUUAAUGCCUCUUUGCUGAAUAAAAGUAUUAAUUUGUGACCCCAAACGUUUGAAUAGUAAUAUUCAGCACUGACAUUAUAGAAUUACAGAUGCCAAACCAACCACUUUCUAUGUUGUUUUCUUUGCAACAUUCUUGAUGCAAAGUGUUACUGAACGUGUUUUCAUGUGUUUCUCACAAAAACUGUAGAAAUGCCUUGCCUUUGUUUCAGCCCCUGAUCAAAAUGAUAUUUUUCAUAAAGGAAAUGAAGCCUAUUUCAGGUCUAUUAAAGGGAUAUUUCACCCAGACAUGUAAAUAGACAGAAUUGUCAUUUUUGGAUUAUUUUCUAAUGAUUUGUUAUAAUUAUUAUGAUUUUUGUAACUUUAUUUCCAAUUAAGGAUAUGUAAAGUGCAUAUAUAUAUAUAUAUAUAUAUAUAUAUGUGUGUGUAUAUAUAUAUAUAUGUAUAAAUUUUAUGUAUAUUUGAUAUGAUUUAAAAUUGUAUUAUAGACAUAUUGCAUUAGAGUUCAAUACGUCUGUUUUUCAGUAAAAAAAAAAAAAAAAAAGUUGAAUUGCUUUAUUAUGGACACUAAUGAAAAUGGUCUUGAAAAUUAGGCUUCAUUUUCUGUAUGUUUUUUUCCACUUUAUAUUAAAUAACCAGACAUUUGGUGAGAUUCACCACUACCAUAGAAUGAAUCACAUUAAAAAAAAAAGAAACAAAUCAAUUGGCUGGUAUAUAUUAUAUUACAUAACAGUUCUGCCUGUUGUGGGGUAGUUCUCUUCAAGUUAAAGCAGACUUAAUGAACAGAGAAGUUUGUCAUCUCUCACAGUUCUGUCAUUUCGAGAUCACAGUUUGCAUCAUUUUUUGGACAUUUUAAGUCAGUUCUCCAUCAAUGUUGCAAUUACAUAGAAAUGUAGCAAAGACCAGUCAGAAAGUAUGUUUUAUCAGAUCUGGCCCUCCAGUGUUUGAGCAGAGCUGCAGCACACAGAUUGGAAACAUGCCGCCUGCUGGUAAAUGCUGUUACUGCAGUCAUUGCCUUUUCUUUAAGAAAACAGAGCCUCCAGAAUACAAAUGUUCUGUCUGGAAGCAUAGGCUCUUUUCUAGAUGUCUAGGUGUGAUCUUUUUUUAAAAUUAUUAUAAUUUUUUUUAAUGUGAUCUAGUGAAGAGACAUGGCCUGAAGUUUAACUCAUCAAAUCCAGUCAGCCUUAUACUUUUGUCUCCAUUAAUUUUUAAGAUGAUUUGAUCGAUUUGUUACAAAGGCAGCUAUAUGACUUGUUGCUUUAAUGCAUGGUGUACAUUAUGAUAUAAAAUACAGUUUAUACUGGAUAUUAUUAAAUUCAGUUUUUUACAAGAACAGGUUAAAUGUAAAGUGAAUAUAUGACUUUCAAAUGACUGCCUGCAGAAUCUGCAAUAAUUGUGAUCCAUUAAUGUGUUAUUUUACGUACUUAAUGGUUAAAAAAAAUUUUUGUUGUUGUCAAACUUUAAACAACUGUAGCAUGAGUGUGUAAUAUGUUUACUUACAGAUCAGUCCAGCAGGUGUGUGUGAGGUAUAAAUCAACAAAUUAAACUAAAGCAUUUGAGGAGAAUCACUUGCAGUUUAUUAAAAGUUUAUUCCCUUUGUAUGUUUUAUAUACAUCAUGUUUUUUAAAGCUCAUUUGGCUUCCUUUUAGCAUAAAUUGUUUAUCAUUAAAUUGAUAGGAUAUAAAUUCUGGGCUUUAAAAGGAAGAAUAACUUGUACAGUGUUUGAUGCUGUUACUCUUUACCUCAAAUGAUUUUAAUACUGGACCAUUGCCAUAAAAAUAAUUAGAAUAUACUAAUAAGAUGUAUUUUUUCUUUAAUGUAUUUUUGUGCCUUUGCACAAGAAGAACUAAAAACUAUAUAGACUUACGGCCUGCCACAUAGAAUGAUGAUUAGUUGUAUAAUAAUUGUAUUUCCUGUAUACUUUGUGUAAAAAAAAAAAGUAUGUUUAAGAUGAACGCACCAUACACAAAUGUACAAAUAACUUGAUUUAUUGCAAAAUCUGUACAAUAAAAAUCUGAUAAAAGA